CAUAAUCCCCCACCUUUGCUUGCAUCCAUCUUUCGUUAUGACCCCAGAAACGCCCAACAAGGCCUGCAUGCUUCUGAAGGCUAACACCGUCGAGAUACGCGACGCACCCAUUGCCCAAGUCGGCAAGGACGACGUUCUCAUCAGGAUUGAGGCGACAGGUAUUUGUGGUAGUGACCUCCACAAUUACAGCCACGGUGGUGUAGGCAAGGACUUGAUCAAGGAGCCAUUAAUCCUUGGUCAUGAAUCAGCAGGUAUCAUCGUAGAAGUUGGUUCUUCCGUUACAGAUUUGGCGGUGGGUGACCGGGUAGCCAUUGAGCCCACAAUGUUUUGCAGGAAGUGCCAUAACUGUAAGACGGGAAAGACCAAUGUGUGCAGAAACUUCCGACAGGCUUCACUAUCGCCUACACAAGGCACGCUUUGCCAAUACUAUGUAUGCGAUGCCGACUUCGCUGUCAAAAUCCCAGCGUCUAUAUCGUGGGAGCAGGCAGGUUGUAUUCAGCCACUAGCCGUCGCCAUCCAGCUCGCCAAACGUGCUAAAUUUGCUGCAGGCCAAAUCAUCGCUGUAUUCGGGUGCGGGCCUCUCGGCUGCCUAGUCAUGGCCACUGCCCGAGCCUACGGUGUAUCUAAAAUCCUGGCCUUCGACAUAUCACAGAAACGGAUUGACUUCGCCAAGAAGCUAUGGGCAGACUAUGCCGUUCUAUCACCGAAGAUAGCACAGGGACAGGACUAUUCUGAAUGGGCAGAAGGAUUUAAAGCAUCCGUAUUGAAAGAAGCCGGGGUGGAUUCGUGGGGUGUUGAUAUCAGCGUAGAGGCGUCAGGCGCCGAGGCAUGUAUGCAGGCUGGUAUUACCUUUGUACAUUCUGGGGGAACAUACGUACAAGCGGGCCUUGGGCGAGCGAUAAAUUCGUUCCCGACUUUCCAGAUCGUGGCGAAGGAGUUGGAUGUCAUCGGAAGCGUAAGGUACACUGCAGGAUGCUUCAAGACGGCUAUCGAUUUAAUGGAGAGCGGCAAGAUAGACCUGCAGCCGAUGAUUACUGCAGUAUUCCCGCUGUCGCGCAGCAAAGAGGCAUUGGAGGCAGUGAGAAAGGGCGACGACUUGAAGGUGGUUAUCAUGAACCAGCAGGUAUAAUGACCUUGAAUUCGUUGAAUUUAUAUUCAUGCUUGACUGUCGAG